CUCUCCCGCCCUCGCCCUCGGGCGCGGGCGACCCACCCUCUUCCGACCUCUAGCGCGGAGAGCAAGAGCCCGGAAUCGCCCCUCCAGCCCUGCACGCGCUGGAUCGCACGAGAGGCCGCGUCCGGAGCCCCGGAGUGUGCGCUGGAUAAAUAUUUACCAAGCGCCCACCGCGUGCCCAGUACCGGAACGAUAGCCGUGGGGAUGCGGAGGGAGGAAUCCGUGCCGGCCCUGCCCUCCUGGGACUCGCAGCUGGGACCAGGAAGGAGAUAACAUGGCAGCCUGGGAGGCUUGAGGCCAGGUUAGGAGCAGCAACCUGAAGUCUGCAGGCGCCAGCCAUUCCUACAUCGGCCUCAGGCUGGGAGACUCCACGGAUUCUGAGCUCCUGGCCAGUCAAGGCCCACAGAAAGGCCCGCUCCCACCCCACGCUCCUGACUUCUCCCUCAGCACCGAGGCUAGGCGGGGUGGCCCAGGGCCUGCAACUUGUGCAGCUGCCCUGGUCUCCUGCUGCACAGUCACCACACCGCAGUUCUUAAUAAACAAUGAAUCAAGGACCCCAUUUUCAUUCUGCACUAGACCCCAAACAUUAUGUGGCCAGUCCCACUGCCAAGUCCAGUGCUGGGCAGGAGGACACAGUGGAGAGUGGGCCGGUGUGCGGCCUCCAUGGAGAAACGAGUUCAGGCCCAGAAGACGGAGCAGGAGCCUUCAGCUCGGUUUGGGGACUGGGGCAGAGGUGUGCUUGUCCAUCACCUUUCUCCAGAAAGGGUGCUGGAGCGGGCAGAGGAGGCACACCAGGUAUGGCAUUGUGCAGUGAGGAGAUCUGACCCAGAGACUACUGGGGAGGGGCAGGAGUGUCACUGGUGUCCAGUGUCCAUCAGAGAAUGUGCAACUCAAAAGCCAGGGCACUUCAGCCUGUCUUAAGUGACAACAGGGAGGGGGAGGUGAAAAUGGUGAGGCGAUGGGGGUGGGCUGCCACUGACCUGCAUCCCAGGCAGAGGAUGUGGAGACAGAGAGCAGGCCUGCCGCCCAGCCCUGCCUGUGCCCAGUGUUGGCUUGCCGGACAAAGAGAUUGCUUCCUUCCAGAGCCUUCUCUGCCUUUUAACCCACCCUCCAAUUCUUGUGGGCAUCUCACUGGCAAGUAAGGCUGGUCCACUGCAGGGCAGCAACCCUGGGCACUGCAAUUUACAUAUGAUUUACAUAUGCUUGCCAGUCUGUCCCGGGGCCAGUCUUGUCCUCCCUGAGCGGCAGGGAAGGCCUUGCAGCAAGCUCUGGAGUUCUUUGUGCAUCUCCCCUGCGCCUGGCACAUGGCAGGUGCUCAAUAACUACCUGUUGAGUGAAUGGCAAUCAGCACAGGCAAACCUAAAGAAGGGAGGGGCCUGGGGGUUGGCUGGGGCUGCCGUGCAGGGUCCUGGCUAGGGAGACUCCCAGGCCCCUCACCCCCUCCGAGAAGCAUCUUUUCUCUGGAGACAUGAGAGAGCAGGAGCUCUCCAUACCCAAGCCCUGGGGAGAUAAGGUUCCCUCUGAACUCCCGCACCCCCUCCUUAGCCUUAUCUCCCUGUGAUCACGCUGGGGGAGGGGCAGCUUCUUUCAUUUUUCUGCUUCCUCCCCCAAAGAAGUCCCCAGAGCUGCGCCUGACGGUUGGGAAUGCCUGUGAGCCAGUGCAGAUGCCAACCUCAGGCCAGCACUGUGCUGCGGAGGGGCAGCUGGCGAUGGUGUGGGAGCUGGGGCACCAGGAAAGGCUUCAGGAUUGUUGGGGGAAAGCCUUGGGUGGGAGGGGGCAGCCUGGUGUAUUUCAGUUCUCCCACGGGGACCUGAAGCACCUGGCUCCUCAGACUGCUGUGAGCUUUCAGAAACUACGGGCACCAAGAACCCCCCCGGACAAACGCGUACCCCUUGGAUAAGGAGGAACGCGACCUAUCAGGACAGCCUCCUGAGUUUAACAGCCACAGAACUUCUCAUGACGGUCUGCUUAGGGGCAGGCAGGAGCCAAGCAGAGAAAAGCCAAACCGUCCUGACUCAGAGGGGAGCCACGGUGCUCCACAAGGGCCCAGAGAUGAAAGGGCCAUCGUGGCCUUCCCCUCCUCACUGUGGCCCUCAGCCCCCAGCUCAGGGCGGCCAGGGCCCAGGGACUCCCCCCCAGGCCUGUCUUCUUUCCCCAGCAGCCGGCACACCCCCAGUUGUGGCUCCCCAGGCCAGGGCACCCAGCUCUGGGCUCCAGGGCCGUAAUCCGAUCUGCCCCAGUCUGCUCCACACCUGGGCCUGCCUCUGCCAGGAUCAAAGAUGGCCUGGAGUGGGGAGGGGUGUUAUUGUGUCUGGGGCCCCAGCCCAGGGCCCACACCCCGGGCUCGCGGGCCUCCCAGCGCUGGGCCAGGAGUUUUCAUUUCAUCCGUCAUCCGUCACAUCUUGCAGAAGUGAUUUUGACCAAGUCAGCAUAUGUCUCCAAGGCGAUAAAAAGAAGAAAAGAAUUCUGCUGACACACACCGUUCUGCGAGGUGGGAACCUCAUCUUCACCCUCGGAAGGAAGGCAGGACUCUUACUCCAUCUGCAGCGGGGCAAAGAGAGGGGAGUUCAGCCAGGCCUGGGGCUCGGGGGGGGGCACCCAGCACAGCCAAGGGGGCCUGGGAGUCUACUCCCUCCACCCACCCCACCUGGCCAGGGCCAGAUGACCUGGACCUCUGAGCCAGCUCCUGCACACACUUGGAAAUCCUUGUGUUUUUGGAAAUCCUGCAAUCAGCCAGGAAAUCCACCCUGCAAAGGAAAUUGUUUUAGCACACCUGUCACGAAAUUCUCCAUCCCGCGCAAGGCCUUCACUGCACCGCAGAUGCAGAUUCCUGGUGCCUGCGCCUUCUGGGAUGCUUUUUGCACAAUUUUUAAAACAGUGAACUAAGAGACUUAACAUCUUCCCUUGGCCUUAUGCACUUGUGGCAGUGGCCAGUUCCAAAUAGAAAACUCAGAAAGACAGGUGACAGACAGAUACAGGCAGGAGUCCAGAGAAAGGCCAUGUCACCAUGGGUCUCCAGGGGAUGGCGCACAGGGGAGCCACGGUUUUGUUCAUUACCAUCAUGGCCGCUGUUCUUUCCUCUACUGGAGAAAGCCCAGUUUGGUUUGGAGCAUUAACUGUCUUUGGAGCAGUUGAGGAAGGAGCCCUUCCCUCUGCUCCUUCCAAGAGAGGACCCAGAGCCCCUGGCCUGCGGGAAUCAUUUGCUCCUUUGCUCCUGCAGCAGCUCCUGUUGUGAUUACAGGCCUCCGCCCACGUCUUCCUCUGCUCCCAGUGGCCUGCUCUGCUCCUCACAUCACCCAGAAGGCAGAAGAGAAGGCCGAGGUUCUCAAGUCCCAUAACAACCCCAGGACGAGCCAGGAUCCCAACCCACAUCUGUCUGCACAGCCCAGGUGCUCAGCGGCGCUUAGAGACCUGGGAGCCCCCAGGAUCUGUUCAAAUGCAGCUUCCCACAGGCAAGCUGCGGGAAGUCUGGGUGGGGCUGCCACUCUGCACUGGCCACCGGAUCCCCGGGGCUGCUGAAGCUGCUGUCUUCCCACUGUGUUGAGGAGCAAAGCUCUAGACCUCUGAAGUUACCCCUAACAAACGGAGACUUCAAAUUGAAAAUUAAAUAUCUGCACCUCCA